AUGAGCUUAACUUCACGCCUGGCCGCUUCAUUUCCUCAAGGCAGCUCGGCCAGUGAUCAGUCUGACGCCGAACGCAAUGGAUUUACGGGGCCUGGCUUUGAGCUUGACGGCUCACGCCACGAUAAGCACGCCCGCAAGAUGCAAGAACUGGCGGGGGAGGAGUUAGAUCCUGAGAUGAAGAGGCCACCCUAUAUACAUUCAAUGCUUGCCGGAGGAAUUGGCGGAACGACCGGCGACAUCCUUAUGCACUCCCUGGAUACAGUUAAAACCCGACAACAAGGCGACCCUCAUUUCCCUCCAAAGUACACCAGUCUAUGGGAUUCGUAUGUCAAAAUCUUUCGGCAAGAGGGGGUUAGACGUGGACUUUAUGGAGGCUUUACUGCUGCCAUGUUGGGAUCUUUCCCUGGGACUGUCAUAUUCUUCGGAUCGUACGAAUAUUGCAAGCGCAACAUGCUAGACCGAGGCAUCAACCCCUCCGUGGCAUAUCUGACGAGUGGUUUCCUUGCCGAUUUCGCGGCGUCCAUUGUGUACGUGCCCUCCGAGGUCUUGAAGACUCGCUUGCAAUUACAAGGUCGAUACAAUAAUCCUUUCUUCCACUCCGGUUACAAUUACAAGUCGACAUGGGAUGCAGCCAGAACGAUCGCCCGCACCGAAGGCCUUGGUGCUCUUUAUUCGGGUUAUAAAGCGACGAUUGUGAGAGAUCUACCGUUUUCUGCGUUACAGUUCGCAAUCUACGAGCAGGAGAGAAAGUUGGCGCAAAGGUGGAAGGGCACACAGGAGAUUGGCUUUGGUUUAGAGGUGCUCACCGCAGUCUCAGCGGGUGGGUUUGCUGGUGUCAUGACUUGUCCCUUGGACGUUGUCAAGACGAGGACGCAAACGCAAAUCACUCCUCAAAGCCACUCGAAGGGUUCCCAGGCAUCCCAGUUGGACAAGACAGCGAAAACAGCCAAGUCGUCGGGCCAGACACACUCUCGAUUGAUCCACUCGGGACCUCGGACAGUGCUUCAUUCGGCCCCAACUCUCGAUACCUCCUCUGUUUUGACGGCACUAAAGCUCAUCUACAAAACCGAGGGCGUCGGCGGCAUGUUCCGUGGAGUAGGCCCUCGUUUUGUGUGGACAAGUGUUCAAAGCGGGACAAUGCUUGUUCUGUACCAGUAUCUGCUCAAGCAAAUGGAGAAAUUCCAGGCAGGUGAAGGGUCAGCGGUGUUUUGA